GGCCGCUUCCGCUCUCACGCAAGCGCAGCAGCCGGGCGGCGGACGGCGCCGGCACGAUGGUUCUGGACAGCGUGGCCCGCAUCGUGAAGGUGCAGCUGCCCGCCUACCUCAAGCAGCUCCCGGUCCCCGAGAGCAUUACCGGCUUCGCCCGCCUCACAGUUUCAGAAUGGCUCCGCUUACUGCCCUUCCUUGGCGUACUUGCACUCCUUGGCUACCUUGCAGUCCGUCCGUUCUUCCCGAAGAAGAAACAGCAGAAGGAUAGCUUGAUUAAUCUGAAAAUACAAAAAGAAAAUCCCAAGGUGGUGAACGAAAUAAACAUUGAAGAUCUGUGUCUUACUAAAGCAGCUUAUUGUAGGUGUUGGCGUUCCAAGACGUUUCCUGCCUGUGAUGGGUCCCAUAAUAAACACAAUGAGUUGACAGGCGAUAACGUGGGUCCACUCAUACUGAAGAAGAAAGAAGUAUAACAGUAGCCAUUUAUGAUUGAAACUCUUGUAAUAUUUCUCAUUUGUUGUGUACAGACAAGUCUUUGGAGGUUUUAACUCUCAGUACUGAUUGAAUAAUUAUUUCUGCCAAUUAUUUUCUUGCUACACUACUACUUAUAUUUGAUACUUUAUAUAUCCAGCCAUUUAUAUAGAAAUCAAAUGGUCAUCUCAUUCUGGAAUCAAGAGUUAAUGUGUCUUUCAACAAUAAGUCAGUACUUCGGAUUUUAAUUAAUUGGGAAGUUAAAGUUUGGCCAUGGGCCAAAAGUUAUUUCUUUGAAUAUCAGUAUUUCAACAGAAUGUAUAUAUUUUUAAAAAAUUCUCCCCUGUUCUGUUAAAUGUAUUUUUGUACUGUUUUGUUUUGCUCACUUGAAGUAGUUUGCCAUUCUUUGGCAUUUGUGGAACUCUGCUGUUUUUAGAUGAAUUAUGAAAAAUAUUGCCAUCAAGAAUUUCCUUUGAGGCAAUAAAAUCCUUUGUGUUAUAGA